UCCACCAAGUACAUGUGCACAUUGUUAACAUUGGAGAGAAUGAAAUGGAAUUCGAGUUUCUGACUUUCUGUCACAAACCUACGCUACAAGCGAAACGGGGCGCCGAGAAAUGAAUUUAAAGUUUAAACAAACAACUGAUAACAAUAAAUACCAGGAAGAAGAACCUUCUCUCUGUCUUUCUUCUUCCCUUUCCCUUUGCCAAGGCCCAGAUUCGAAGAGCGCAGAGCCAUUUUUCGAUUCGACAGUAGAUUUUCAGAAGAAGAAGAAGAAGAAAAAAAUUACAAACCAUAACCAGGAAAACAGUGAAAAGGUCCCUCUCCCUAUCCGCAUUGUUUGUCUUCUUCACUCUACUCCUUAGUUUUCUUUUGUAGCUUUCUCUUCUCUUCUCCCCCUUUUGCUUUCUUAUAUCCGUUGGAACCCCACUCCCCUGUCUCCCUCACUCUACUCCAUCUCCCCUUCUAAAACCCACCUCCUCUCCCCCAACCCAACAGCUGAACCAAACGCCAUUUCCCCCCUUUUCCCUCUUCAUCCCAACAAACCCAUUUCACUCAACCGCCGCCUGGCAGGCCAUGUCGGUUGCCGGAAGCUCCCUGAGUUCGACGACGCCGUUCCUGAAACUGAGGCUCUACGUGCUGAUCGGAAUCGUCGCCGGCUGCGUAAUCUUGGUGUGCUUGACGGUCUGCCUCUGCGUCCGGUUGACCCGCGAGUCGAGGAGACGCGGCAGGAUGCGCGUGAAGCACAGCUCCGGCUCGAUCCCGCUCGUAUCCAAGGAAAUCCUCGAGAUCAAGGCCUUGGAUCUCGAAGCAAGCGUGCAGACUAAGCUCGCCUGCGAAACCGCCGUUGUUUGCGGGAAGGAGGACGAGGAAAUUGGUGGAAGCGGCGAUAAACAAGUUGGAAGAGGGAACAAGGCCGCCGUCGGCGGCGGCGGCGGCGGGGGAGGAGGGGAUGUGGUCUCCGGCAGGGACGUGUCGGUGGAGGGCUGGGGGCGGUGGUACAGCUUGAAGGAGCUGGAGAUUGCGACGCGUGGCUUCGCGGAGGAGAAUGUGAUCGGGGAAGGUGGAUACGGCGUCGUUUACAGGGGUGUGUUGACCGACGGCUCCGUCGUCGCCGUCAAGAACCUCCUCAAUAACAAGUGAGAGUUUGAGUAUAGAUUCAUUUUUCUCAAAGGGCAGGCAGGGAGGGAGUUCACUGUGGAAGUGGAAGCCAUUGGCAAAGUGAGGCAUAAGAAUCUUGUUGGUCUAAUUGGUUAUUGCGCUGAUGGCCCUCGCAGGAUGCUUGUGUAUGAGUAUGUUGACAAUGGCAACUUGGAGCAGUGGUUACAUGGAGUUGAUGGACCGGUUAGCCCGUUGAGCUGGGACAUUCGGAUGAAGAUUGCCAUUGGGACUGCAAAAGGGCUAGCCUAUUUACAUGAAGGCUUAGAACCUAAGGUGGUGCAUCGUGACGUGAAAUCCAGCAACAUUCUUCUGGAUAGGAAGUGGAAUGCAAAAGUUUCAGACUUUGGAUUGGCAAAGCUCCUGGGUUCUGAGGCAAGCUAUGUGACUACUCGCGUUAUGGGGACCUUCGGAUAUGUAUCUCCUGAUUAUGCAAGCACAGGAAUGCUCAACGAAGGAAGCGAUGUCUAUAGUUUUGGUGUUCUUCUGAUGGAGAUCAUCACAGGAAGGAGUCCUAUUGACUACUCCAGACCAGCCGGCGAGCAGAUGAAUUUGGUAGAUUGGUUCAAGGGGAUGGUGGCAAGCCGACGUGGUGAAGAGCUCGUGGACCCUCUUAUCGAAAUCCAGCCAGCUCCAAGAGCUCUGAAAAGAGCCCUGCUGGUCUGUCUUCGGUGCAUAGAUUUGGAUGCCUGUAAAAGACCAAAGAUGAGCCAGAUUGUUCAUAUGCUCGAAGCCGAUGACUUCCCUUUCCGCGGCGAACUGAGAUCCAUGAAGGACAGAGAGUCUCUUCCUCCAGAUGGAUCAAUGGCCAACAGAAACAGGACAACCCACCAAACCAGGCAUGGAGCGGACGGUGACGUGGAGAGGUCAAGGAGAAGAUAACUUACACUUCACCUGCAGCUUGAGUGAUGGAUAGUCAUAUAUACAAAUAGAAGGUUGUGAUUUCAAUUACUUCGUAGCAUAUAAUUUUCCACACUGGAUUUUGCAUAAAGAUUCUAUAGAAUCAUACUUCAUGUGCAUAUGUGAUAUGUCUCCCGAGUAAAAAAAGAAUGUCAUUUCGUUGAGGUGCACCAUUUCUAGGAGUGUUCGGAGAAGAAUCGAAUGUUCUCGAUAACUUGAGUUGUCGAAAGGUUCGUGUAUGAAUGUUAAUUACUUUCUCAAAACUAACUUGAUAUCAUAUCAUGAAUCAACUAGUC